AUGAGAGGCAUUGCCGAAGCAGACGGUAUCUUCGCACAGAGAGCCGCAGAUCACAGCUGGCUUGCGCUCCGUAUGCUGGAAGAGUCGCGUUCGACUUACGCCUCCCUCCGCACGCACUACCUCCGCGGUAUCGAGCACCCUGACGAGCUCGAGUCCUCCGUGGACCCGCUCAGCGCAAACGAAGAGGGAGUGGACCAGACAAUGGUGGACAUGCUUGAUUCGAGCUACAUGGAGCAUGACACCUUCACACUGUUUUCGCUGAUUAUGCAGACAGCCAUGUCGUUUUAUGCGCCCGCCGAUCCUGAUUCACCUUCCAAGGAGACACCGAUGCUCGCGCGAUGUUCAAGGAUCUUUGAACGAUACCUGCCCAAGGCCGAUCCAGAAUUGGCCUCGCACUUGGUGAAGCUUGAUAUUGUCCCGCAGAUAUUCCUCUUGCGCUGGAUAAGAUUACUAUUUGGUCGCGAAUUCCCCCUUGACGACGUCCUCAAAGUGUGGGAUGCUUUGUUUGCCAUCGAUUCCACGCUUGAGCUUGUCGAUAUGAUCUCUGUCGCCAUGGUGUUACGUAUCCGUUGGGAUCUCGUAACCGCCGAUACUAAUGAAGCAUUCGCGUUAUUGUUACGAUACCCCGAGCCUAGCGCACCGGCCUAUACCUUUAUCAAAGAUGCACUCUAUCUCAGAGAUCAUCUGACACCUGAGGGCGGAGCUGAAAUUAUCACGCGAUAUGGAAAGAAAGCACCCGCACUCGACGUGUCUCCUCCACCAGCGAUACGACUGUCUUCAUCAUCAUCAUCACCUCCUACUCCAUCUCAUCGCUCGAGAAGCAGCUUAGGAUCGCCCAGGGCAUUCGUGAGCCAGCAGGGUGCAGGGCUUGAAGCACUAUUGCAAGGUGCAGCAAAGAACGUGCUUGAACGAGGCUCGCAAUGGGGCGUUGGAAAAGCUCUCCGCGAUGCAGUAGGUGAGGUCAGAAAGCAGGCUGAAGCUAUCCAAUCGGGCGCUGUCUCCACACCCGUCUCUGGGAACAGUACACCAAGAUCUGGCGGACGCGAAUUUCGCAAGCCAACUCAACUUCCAGCAGCUAGCUCAAGACCCGGUCUGGCACGUACACAAUCUGGCAACGCCCUUAAGAGGAUUGAAAGUCUGGAGAAACGGAGCAAGAAUCUAGCGAAGAUGCUGGAAAGCGCCGUGGGCGAGCUUUGGGAAUAUCACAAGGAGCGCAGCGAAGGACAAAAGGAAGCAAACCAGACGAAGAAAGAUCCGAUAGAAGCGCUGAGUCUUGCGAUUGCGAAAGUACAAUUCGUUCAGGUCUACCUCGAGGACUCGUCGAUACCACUGCCGAUGGACGAGACCACAGAACAAACAGCCACCGCCAACGCAGCUGCCAGUCUCCUAGCCCCAGAACCUACCUCCCCAUCAGCAGUGCCCGAACGAACAGCAAGCGCUCCCCCAAUACCCAACACCUCACGACCAACUUCAUCUGCAUCGAAUGCCCAAUCUAUCUCGCCCACCGCGAAUGCGCAGCCUGCCUUUCCACCAGUUCACACCUCACCGCAACCAUCAUCAGCCUCGUCGAACUUAUCGCUCCAUCCACCGCGCGCACGACCUAUGCUCGCCUCCUCCAACUUCUCAUGGAUGCUUGGCCAGGACUCUACAUCGGCUUCAUCGACCUUUGCAUCGAGCACCGCGCACUCGGCGUUCGCAUCGGACGAGAAGAGAAGGCUCAAGGGGAAAGGAUUCCUCUUCGGAGACGACGAUGAGGCCGAAGAGUCUGUACAAGAGAAGAGAGGCAGCGUAAGCAGCAAGGGCGGAGCGAAGAACGGGAAGAACAAGGGGAAAGGUCAAGCAGAGGCGGAGGUCGAAGAAGAGGUCAUCGAUCUAGAGGAUGUGGGAAAGAGGGAUGCUGUGAUGUAG